GGUAUAAAUGCUCCCAUGACAUUGCUAUCCUUAGAUUUUGUACAAUGAGCAGCUGGACAGAGAGGAUGCAUCGACGCGCCGCUACAUUAGGAAAUGUUGUAACCAGUUGUGGACAUCCUUCCUCAGUACCACCAUAUCCGAGACGCCUGGAAAAAGUUAAAUUUGGAGUACCCCUGGACGAAGUGUGUAAGAAUGAUAUUCCUGGCCCCUUAUUGGUCCUUAUAUUGAAAUUAAACAAGGAGGCCCCGCUCAGAAAAGACGUUUUUCGGGCACCUGGUCACCAGGGUAAUAUGAAGAAGUUGAUACACUUUCUGCAAACCGGACAUCUCGUCAAUAUGGACAAUUUUAGUGUUUACACGAUAGCUAGCGUUCUGAAGAAAUUUUUACGCAAAAUACCCGGCGGAGUGUUUGGGAAGGAGGGCGAGCAGCAGCUGUUCACCGUAAUUCAGCUAGAAAGCAUAGAACAACAACGGGACCAGAUACACAGAUUAAUUACCUCCAUGCCAAUAUAUACACAACGGUUACUGGUGUUGCUAUUCGGGACAUUCAGGGUAGUAGCGGUAAAUAGCGAGCGAGCGCACACGGGGAUGACCAGCGAAGCCCUGGGGGUAUCCGUGGCACCCUCGUUUUUUCAGAGUUGCGUCAGCGACGGCAAGACUGCUAAGAUGGAGGAUGUUUUCAGAUUUAAGAUUGCCACACGCGUCACCAAGUUCAUGAUAGACAAUUUUGGCGUUUCGAAUUUGUUCGGAAGGGAUAAUUAUGAAUUUUAUGCGCGCAUAACCGGCCGGAUAUUGAAGGUGGAGGAAGACUGGAUCUUCAGUUUUAGAUAUCCGCCAGAUACUCUCGUAUCGAGACAAUUGUCGCUGGAGGCGGAAAAGACGUGGUUGCAAUACGAAUGCGAAAGAUGGGGACUAAAAUUUAAUUUGGAAUGUAUGUCACACCAAGAGGAAUCGCAGUCGACUCCAGCGUUGAUUCACAUGCCGGAGACAGUGAAUCUCGCAUCGUCGCUAGGCAUGAUCCCAGAAAAUACCUUACUCGAGAGUUACACGCGUCUCUCUGUUAGUUUAGAAGAAAACGGCCUGUUCCAGGCGCCUAGUCGUUCGUCGAGUAAUGGCAGUCAUCAUUCUAGACGUGCGACGGCAGGCAUGACCCUGGAUGAGUUGCGCGCGGUGAAUCGCUACGCCGAGAGUACCAAAAGUCUCAGCUACCUGCCACAGGUUCACGAGAGACAAGCCGCGCGUAUGCGAACCAGAUCUGAAUGGUUUCUCACACCUGUGGGAGAAAGACUAGUAGCAACGGACAGCGACCCCACGGCGAUACAUGUUUUACGCGGUUCCAAUCGGUCUUCCUCCGGCAAUAUUGCCACGGGCUUGAGCGCCAGCGCGGAGUCGGUGAAGCGGCCGAGUCUGCGGAGAACCUCGUCCAGGGAGAAGCAGCGUCUGCAUCGCAGCUCGUCUCGUCGCAACAAGGAGAACGGCGCGAAGGGAAGCGUCCGCUCGGCAGCGGCGGCGGACGUAUCGCGUUCUCUGGAGGCAAUCAAGACCGUGAAGAUCGUGCGAGUGACGGUAACGGCGGAUCAGCAGCAGCAACAGCAGCAACUAGCGGCCGAGAAGAUGCUAGACAACAGCUACAACGAGAUCAUCGAGGAGCAGGCGGCACGCGUGCCGUCGCGUACCGGUGGCGACAGCGUUAUCGGGCCUCAGGAUUGCACCGAGAUGGACGUAAAAACAUUUCACGUUACUCUAACAUACAAGCCGCGGAUAUAGAUGAUUUCUUGUUUCUGUUCUUUUUCUUAAUCUCGAUGCGUUUAAGAAUAUUAUAUAAGAAUAUUUUUUAUUAUUUUCUCGCGUGAAAUUCGUUUCGCGUAACCCUAAAUGUGCUAAACCGCGAAUGUAGAACGAUGUUUUCAUCUCGCAAUCUCGAUAAUUUUAAAACUAUCAGAUUUAGGCGUUACUCUGUUCGCGUACAAAGGCUACGCAAAUCGACGAUUGUUUUUUUUUUCUUUUUUUUCUUUUUUUUCUUUUUUAAAUCUCGAUGCUCAGGAAUAUAUCAAACUCGGACGUUAUCUCUCUCGUGUGAAAUUGCGUAUAUUAUUAAUAUAUACUGAGAUCUCUUUCUUAUAUUGUCGCCAUAACGUAGUUAAAAAAUGUUCUGUUCAUUUUGAAGAAUAGAAGGAUGAAUUUUUAUCAUUUUGAUUAUUUCUAACGUCAAUAACGAUAAAUUACGUUAUAUCUCGUUUACUUUCAUUCUAUUCCGUUAAAUGUACCGAUUUCGGUUACUCCCUAAUACUAUCUAUCGUGGCAUUCCAGACGCAUUUACUCUUGCCCCGCGAUACUUUUAACUCGUCUUUUUUUUGUACUCGCGAUUUACUCGAUAAUUUCAUCUAUUAAUCGAGACAUCCCUCAUUUUAUACGAAUCAUAUCACAUCAUUUGUAUUUAUUCCAAGCUAAUGUUAGAACGACUUAGAUAUUCGAAAUCUUUCUCCAUCGAUCAACAUUGCGUGACUAACGUAUACCGGGUGCUCCGCGGAGUAUCCGACAAUAUUAAUAACCGACAAAUUUUGAUCUUAUAAAUUGUUUCAAUCCGCGUGUGUGUGUGUCUGCUAAUAAAAAGCGCAGAAAUAGUUUUUUGCACGCAAGCCACCGAUUUGCGAACUAAGCUUUAAAAACGCGAACUUAUAGAUAAGAAGGUCUUACAAUUUAUUUAUAAUUUUAGAUAUAGAUCUUUAAUAAAAUUUAUAUUUAAAACUCGGUCAUUAAAUAUUUAUAAAUAUUUAAUUUAGUUAAAAAUCGUGAUGAAAUGGAAUAUUAAAAACGAUCUCGUCAAUUUCAAUGAUCUUGAAAUAUGCCAAGGUCAUGGCCAUGUAAGCAACAAACAACAAAAGGUUUUAGCCAUCACUAAUUGUUUUUUGCAAAAUUAUUAAAAUUGUAAACUAGUAGCGGAAAUAGAUGGCUGUUAUAAUAAAAGUUUUCUGAAAAUACUCUUGAUAUAAAGUUUGCCGGGUAUUUCGCGGGAUACUCUGUGUAAAAUGAAAUUCGAUAUGUCCUAUAAGUAUUUACGAGAAUUUUUUUUUUCCCUCGACGCGACGUGCCAGUCGCAAAUGCUAGCAUAUAAAUGCAUCGUCACGGUUGUUACAUGCCAAAUUAGUAGUAUUUGUAAGACGUAUUUAUAAGCCGUUGAUUAUAAGGAUAUUACAUGAUCGUGCUGUCGCGUGUAUGUUAGGAAAAUCGUUAACGAUAAGACAGGAUGAUUCGAUGGAAACGAGACGCUUUUUAAUAUCUUUCUCGGGUUCGACAAUACAGAAAAAUUGCGCGAUACAAUUGAAAUGUUUUCCAAGAAAAAGAGGUCAUUAAUAUUAUUUAAUUAAGAAUUAUACAUGUACAAUAUAUCGCAGUCAUAUCAAGAUGGAUUCAACUUAAUGACCUCAAACAAGGAAAAAUUAAAAUUAGAAAAUCUUUAAGACAUAUAAAGUUAUUUUGUGCUAAAUUUUUAUGCAUUGAAUAUCGAAAACUUUUAGAAUCACAUUGUAUUGUUCACAUUUCUUUUCUGAUUUUCGAAUCCAGGGGAGAUAAUAAGGAUUCUAUUUCCGGCGACUCAUCCUAGGAUACGUAAAGGCUAUACCAUAAGACAGUACUCGAUAUUACUCUGAUCUAGAGCGAAACAAAAGAUACUUAUCAUCUUGAGUAUCUCUCUCGAUAAAAAAAAAAUUAGAUAAGGGCGUACAUACAUAUAACGAUAUGCUACACAACGAAAGUGUUCCGUAAAUAAAAGUAUAUGUAGAGUAAUCGAUGGAGCUCGCGACGGGCUUUCCAGGUUGCGAUUGGUUAAACUGAUCGCGAUCGAUCCUAAGGAAGAAGAAAUUGACGGAGUUAUAUUGCGAAGAAAAAUGUUGCGAGAGCGCGAGCGCGAGAAAGAGAUAUGUUUCCAAGUGUCUCACGCAACUAAAGAAUUUACUUCCAAACCAUCUUGAAUGCGUCAAUAAACAAAUAUAAUUAAGAACAAUUGAAUAUUAUAAAGCCAAACCUCACAACAAGCGCAUUUAAUUUUUAUGAAAGACAAGAAUUGAAGAUGGUUUGGGGAUAAGCCGUUUGGGGAUAAUGUCCUCUUCGCAAAGGCCACAUUAAACGUAAAGUAAUAUAUAUUUAUGAUUAAAUAAUAGCGCAUGUAAAUAUUUAAUACCAAAAAAUGUAAAGUUCUUAUAUAUUGGACGUAAUAUAUAUACAUAAAUGUAAAUGUGAAAGUAUGUGUGCGAUCGUGUUGAAUGUCGUCGUAUCGAAUCGCCAUGCCGAUGUCUCGCGAGAGCGCGAGGAGGGGGAGAUUCAAGUGGCGAGCAGAGGGAAGAAAAUGCAGGCCCAGAUGAGGAGGCACGCGAUCAGGAACAGCAUCAAUCUCGAACGGAAACUGUCCCAGCCGAUCAACAUUACUCUCGGCUGCGCGCGUCUUUCCGUCGCGGAGAACUAAAACGAGUUCCUUCAAUAGAGACACGUAUAUGUAUAUUGAGAAAAGAAACAAAAAAUGGACAGGAACAAGUCACGUUGUCGCCCGGUAACUCCUCCUCCUCCUCCUCCUGCUCGUCGUCGUCGUCUUCGUCAUUCCGCAAUCUUUGCGCGCUCGGAUGCUGUUGCAUCGAAUGCGUCUCCAAAUCUCGCGUGCUCGACGACGUUGCUGUCGGUUGUCGACUUUCGGUCGUUGAUCCGGGCCGUUCCUCGUUCUCGAUAACGAUAACGUCGUCUGCCGCGGAUUCGCCAAGAUCGUUACCAUGCGAUUGUCCCGCGAGAUACAUGCUCGAUCGCGUGCGCAGUCAUAUUUUUCGUCGUACCAAUGACAAUUUCAGGUACUGUAAGGGAGAAGAGGGGACUUUAGUUUUGGUGUCAUCGAUUUGAUAGAUAGAAAAGAUAUAUGUAAGAAAAAUCGCGAAGAAUCCAAUCUGUAUAAAUGUAUAUCGUGGGGCGUACGAUAUUUAAAUUGUUCGAAUCCACUCCUCUUUCUCCCCUACAUUACAAUUGUCUCGCCUAUUGCAGUCCCGGCCAAAAAUAUCGUUAAACUAUCUUGAUCGAAAAGUUUGUUCGUCGAUUAGCGUGAUGGAAAAAAAAACGAAGGAAUUUUUCGAUCAAUUCUAACUAAUUUGUAAAGUUAUUAAGAUACAGCGCAAUUUUUAAAGAU